GUGAGCUGUAAGCUAAUUUAAAUCUCUGAGAUAGUUUGAGAAUAAUAGAGUUCUGCCUUGUACAGAUAUAGGCAUUCAAAAACGUUUAAAAGAAAACAAGCAGAAAUGUUGAAUUUCAAAUAUCUAUUCAUAUCAAUUUUAGUAAUCGGUUAAAAAUUCAUGAAGUCAGAUGAAAUAAAAUGGAGGAAAUGAUGACUGUAGCUGUAACUGAAACAUUUAACUUUGUGAUUGAAAAUAUUGCUGCUGAUUUCAGUGAACACCAAAAAAUUUCUGAAAAAUCUUUAUCAAUGUUGUCUUUUUUAUUUGGAUUUACUGCUGCUCAAGCAUUAGAUCUCAUUGAUAAAAAAUGUAUUUCCCAUAUUACUUCUCCAAGUGGUAGAGAGCUUUUCCAAGUUCAAAGAAAUGUUACUGAAUUCCAUGUUUGCUUGAAAGACAGCAAUUAUUGCACUUGCCCAUCCUUCAUCUAUAAUGUUGUGAAAAAGGAUCAGUUUAUGUGUAAACACAAGUUGGCUGCUUCUAUAUGCUUUGCUAUGGGUUUAUGUAAAGAAGUUCAAUAUUCUGAUGAAACAGUUUCUCUUAUGCUGAUUGGUUAUUAAUAUUUGUAUAUUGAAAUUUAAAUAAAAUUUACCCUCUUUAUGAAGAGAAAAAAA